GGGAGGGGAGGGUGUCGGAGGGCCUCGGAGCAGACCCAGUCAGGGAGCUCCCCCGCUGGGCGUCCGGCCCGCAGAGGCGCGAGUUUGCUGACUCGGAGGGAGCUGCUGGGGCGGGGGCGAGUGCUAAUAAUACCCGUUUGUCCCGCAGCCGCGCUUUACAGUUUACACAGCUGUCACCUUCGUUCCUCCUUAAUUAAUAAUAAAAAUAGCCGCCUUUCGGGAGCGCGAGCGGGGCGCCAGGCCGGGUGCCGAGCACGUUGAGGCUGGCGCUGCAAGCAGCAGCGGCUGCGCGGCGAACGAGGCGGCCUGCGCUGCGGAGCGCGGAGACGCGACCCUCGGCUCUGUCGGGCCCACGGAUCCUAAAGCCCGGGCCCCGCGUCCCAGGCCCGGCCCCAGCCCCAGCCUCAGCCCCUAGCGUCCUGGGGCGGAUGGCGCGGGGCGGCGGGCCGGGGCAGCGCUGAGCCCUGCGCGGGCCAUGGCCUCGGCCUGCGGGGCGCCGGGCCCGGGGGGCGCGCUGGGCAGCCAGGCCCCCGCCUGGUACCACCGGGACCUGAGCCGCGCGGCCGCGGAGGAGCUGCUGGCCCGGGCAGGCCGAGAUGGCAGCUUCCUGGUCCGAGACAGCGAGAGCGUGGCGGGGGCCUUCGCGCUCUGCGUCCUGUAUCAGAAGCAUGUGCACACGUAUCGAAUUCUGCCUGAUGGAGAAGAUUUCUUGGCUGUGCAGACCUCGCAAGGUGUGCCUGUGCGCCGCUUCCAGACCCUGGGCGAGCUCAUCGGCCUGUAUGCCCAGCCUAACCAGGGCCUUGUAUGUGCCCUGCUGCUUCCUGUAGAGGGGGAGCGGGAGCCGGACCCUCCAGAUGACCGGGAUGCCUCAGAUGGGGAGGAUGACAAGCCCCCGCUGCCUCCGCGCUCUGGCUCUACCAGCAUUUCUGCCCACACUGGGCCCAGCAGUCCCCUGUCAACCCCUGAGACUCCCACAACUCCAGCUGCUGAGAGUGCUCCCAAUGGGCUAAGCACCGUCUCACACGAGUACCUGAAAGGCAGCUACGGGCUGGACCUGGAGGCUGUGCGGGGUGGAGCCAGCCACCUGCCCCACCUCACCCGUACCCUCGCCACCUCGUGUCGGAGGCUGCACAGUGAGGUGGACAAGGUCCUGUCAGGCUUGGAGAUCCUGUCCAAGGUGUUUGACCAGCAGAGCUCGCCCAUGGUGACCCGCCUUUUGCAGCAGCAGAACCUGCCACAGACAGGGGAGCAGGAACUAGAGAGCCUGGUGAUGAAGCUGUCAGUGCUAAAGGACUUCCUCUCAGGCAUCCAGAAGAAGGCCCUGAAGGCCCUGCAGGACAUGAGCUCCACAGCACCCCCAGCUCCGCAGCCAUCCACACGUAAGGCCAAGACCAUCCCUGUGCAAGCCUUUGAGGUAAAGCUAGAUGUGACCCUGGGUGACCUGACCAAGAUUGGGAAGUCGCAGAAGUUCACGCUGAGCGUGGAUGUGGAGGGUGGGCGGCUGGUGCUGCUGCGGAGACAGCGGGACUCCCAGGAGGACUGGACCACCUUCACGCAUGACCGCAUCCGCCAGCUCAUUAAGUCCCAGCGUGUCCAGAACAAGCUGGGUGUUGUGUUUGAAAAGGAGAAGGACCGGACUCAGCGCAAGGACUUCAUCUUUGUCAGUGCCCGGAAGCGGGAGGCCUUCUGCCAGCUGCUGCAGCUCAUGAAGAACAAGCACUCCAAGCAGGAUGAGCCGGACAUGAUCUCUGUCUUCAUAGGCACCUGGAACAUGGGAAGUGUACCACCUCCGAAAAACGUGACAUCCUGGUUCACAUCGAAGGGUCUGGGAAAGACCCUGGAUGAGGUCACAGUGACCAUACCCCAUGACAUAUAUGUCUUUGGGACCCAGGAGAACUCAGUGGGUGACCGUGAGUGGCUGGACCUACUACGCGGGGGCCUCAAGGAGCUUACAGAUCUGGAUUACCGCCCGAUUGCCAUGCAAUCACUGUGGAACAUCAAGGUGGCGGUGCUGGUCAAGCCAGAGCAUGAGAACCGUAUUAGCCAUGUCAGUACGUCCAGUGUGAAGACCGGCAUUGCCAACACCCUGGGGAACAAGGGGGCUGUGGGCGUCUCCUUCAUGUUCAAUGGCACCUCAUUUGGCUUUGUGAAUUGUCACCUCACCUCAGGAAGUGAGAAGACGGCUCGGAGGAACCAGAACUACUUGGACAUCCUGAGGCUGCUCUCGCUGGGCGACCGGCAGCUCAGUGCCUUUGACAUCUCUCUGCGUUUCACACACCUCUUUUGGUUUGGGGACCUCAACUACCGCCUGGACAUGGAUAUCCAGGAGAUCCUGAACUACAUCAGCAGGAAGGAGUUUGAGCCCCUGCUCAGAGUGGACCAGCUCAACCUGGAGCGGGAGAAGCACAAGGUCUUCCUUCGAUUCAGUGAGGAGGAGAUCUCCUUCCCACCCACCUACCGCUAUGAGCGGGGUUCCCGUGACACAUAUGCCUGGCACAAGCAGAAACCAACUGGGGUCCGGACCAAUGUGCCCUCAUGGUGUGAUCGGAUUCUGUGGAAAUCCUACCCUGAAACUCAUGUCAUCUGCAAUUCUUACGGUUGUACUGAUGACAUUGUCUCCAGCGACCACUCCCCUGUGUUUGGGACAUUUGAGGUUGGGGUUACCUCCCAGUUCAUCUCCAAGAAAGGGCUCUCAAAGACUUCAGACCAGGCCUACAUUGAGUUUGAGAGCAUCGAGGCCAUUGUGAAGACAGCCAGCCGCACCAAGUUCUUCAUUGAGUUCUACUCCACCUGCCUGGAGGAAUACAAGAAGAGCUUUGAGAAUGAUGCCCAGAGCAGUGACAACAUCAACUUCCUGAAAGUGCAGUGGUCUUCACGCCAACUGCCCACGCUCAAACCAAUUCUGGCUGAUAUCGAGUACCUGCAGGACCAGCACCUCCUGCUCACAGUCAAAUCCAUGGAUGGCUAUGAAUCCUAUGGGGAGUGUGUGGUUGCACUCAAGUCCAUGAUUGGCAGCACGGCUCAACAGUUCCUGACCUUCCUGUCCCACCGCGGCGAGGAGACAGGCAAUAUCCGCGGCUCCAUGAAGGUGCGGGUGCCCACGGAGCGCCUGGGCACCCGUGAGCGGCUCUACGAGUGGAUCAGCAUUGAUAAGGAUGAGGCAGGAGCAAAGAGCAAAGUCCCCUCUGUGUCCCGAGGCAGCCAGGAGCCCAGGUCAGGGAGGCUCAAGCCAGCUUUCACAGAGGCCUCCUGCCCGCUCUCCAGGUUAUUUGAAGAGCCAGAUAAACCGCCACCAACUGGGAGGCCACCAGCCCCACCCCGAGCAGCUCCCCGAGAGGAGCCCUUGACCCCCAGGUUGAAGUCAGAGGGAGCUCCUGAACCAGAAGGGCUGGUGGCCCCUCCACCCAAGAACAGCUUCAAUAACCCUGCCUACUACGUCCUUGAAGGGGUCCCACACCAGCUGCUGCCCCCGGAGCCACCCUCGCCUGCCAGGGCCCCUGUCCCACCUGCCACCAAGAACAAAGUGGCAAUCACAGUGCCUGCUCCACAGCUUGGGCGCCACCGACCCCCUCGUGUGGGAGAGGGGAGUUCUUCAGAUGAGGAGUCUGGAGGCACUCUGCCCCCUCCAGACUUUCCACCUCCACCACUGCCAGACUCAGCCAUCUUUCUGCCCCCCAGCCUGGAUCCUUUACCAGGGCCACUGGUCCGGGGUCGUGGUGGGGGUGAGGCCCGUGGCCCACCGCCUCCCAAGGCCCAUCCAAGGCCCCCACUGCCCCCAGGCCCCUCACCAGCCAGCACUUUCCUAGGGGAAGUGGCCAGUGGGGAUGACCGGUCCUGCUCGGUGCUGCAGAUGGCCAAGACGCUGAGCGAGGUGGACUACGCCCCUGCUGGGCCUGCACGCUCAGCACUCCUCCCAGGCCCCCUGGAACUGCAGCCACCCCGGGGACUGCCCUCUGACUAUGGCCGGCCCCUCAGCUUCCCUCCACCCCGUAUCCGGGAGAGCAUCCAGGAGGACCUGGCAGAGGAGGCUCCGUGCCCGCAGGGCGGGCGGGCCAGCGGGCUGGGCGAGGCGGGCAUGGGCGCCUGGCUGCGUGCCAUCGGCUUGGAGCGCUAUGAGGAGGGCCUGGUGCAUAAUGGCUGGGACGACUUGGAGUUUCUCAGUGACAUCACCGAGGAGGACCUGGAGGAGGCUGGGGUGCAGGACCCAGCUCACAAGCGCCUCCUUCUGGACACCCUGCAGCUCAGCAAGUGAUAGCGGAGGCACCACAAAGCUGCGAACUCAGUGCCCCUCCCUGCUACCAAGGCCCACCUAUGGCCCCAGGGUUGAAAAGUUAAUGAGGGUCAGGGCAGUAUCUCUCUGCCUAUUAUUGGGGUGCCUAUUUAUUGGGGAUCUGCAUUCCCCACUACCCAAUCAUUUGGAGCCCUAAUGAGGACAUCCUGUCCAUGGCCUUUUUAGGCUCAGGGCAGAAGAUCAGUUGCCAUGGUUACCGAGAAUGCUGGUUACUCUGGUGCUGUCCUUUUACUGGACCCCACCUCCCAGCCCCAGGGGUGCCCGCAGGGGUCCAUUUGGGUACGUCUGGGCCCCCACUUUUACCAGUGUUUCUGUGGCCCUCAACUGGGCCUGAACCACAGGAGAAAAGCUCCACUAGGACUUCCCUCUCCCGCUGGGGGUGGGGGCAGGUGUCCAUCCGGAAAUGAAGGAAUAGCCCGAGAACCGGGCCGGGGUUUAUUUAAGCUGUUUUGUGUGGGUUUGGGGAGGGAGGGAGGGCACCUUAAUAUUGGGGUUGGUUGGGGUGGGGCAGGAUCUCAGCCAUAAAGUGCCAGUUUGCUUAGUUCUCACUGUCUCCUGGUCUGUGCUGCCCUGCGCUGGGGAUGCAGGGCGGUGCCGGGAGGGAGGUUCCUCUCGGGUCUCAGCCUGGGACAGGGUCUUGCAGGCAGCCUGUCCCCAUCCUGGGCACUCAAAAGGGUUUCAGUGUGAUGUCUUCAAUAAAUUAAGUUUUAUUUGGAUUGAGU